CUUAUAUUCAUGAUUGUCUCAAGUAAACAAGGAUUACUUUACAAGGCUAAUGGCAGGGGUUGAGCUUGAUUUUAUUAAACGCAAUUAAAUAAACUUACCAGCGCUUGUUGAAGCAGCGUGGCUCUGUGUUAAAGUUGGUGGGGGCAUUGUUUUCGGAUUGUGACCAACUUAGUGGGCAACAGAGAGGCAAUUGCCGUUUAAGAAGAAGAGACAAUACGUAAGCCACACAGAAGUGUGGCUGAGGCAACCGAACUGCUGUCGCUACAUAAUAACCUGAUUACGUUGGCACUGACACACCUGGAGUUGUCACUCGGCCUGUCGACGUGAGCGGGGACGACAGCGAAGAUCGGCGUAUGUGCGACGUUAUCUGCGACGGCCACGCAUCUCUGCUGACCAUCCGUUGUUGAAAAUUCCUAAAGCCAAAGAAACCUUUGAUUCGAAAAGGCAUUUACGGGAGAGGGGCAGGAUCCCUCAUAGCGAGAUCGUCAACAGGACUCGGUCAACUAAAACUUAAUGCAAGACAAGCGUUUGUGAAAUACGCAAAGAAAAAAUUGUAUCAGUUUCUGCAUUUGUGUGUCAAGAUAGGAGUCAAUACAGGAUGGCCCACCCCGCGUUACCUUACUACUACAGCGAGCAUCUGAAGGCUGCGGUGUCAUCCAGCAUGCUGUCCUCAGUCCACAGUCCGUCGCUGUUCACCAUCGACAGUAUUCUGGCACCUCGACCCCUGCUAGCUCACCAGCGCCCUCCGCCCGGUUAUUUCCCCUACCAUGCGCUGCAUCCUUCACACCAGGCGGCCGCAGCAGAGUUCCUAGGUUAUUCAACCUUUCCUGGAUUUUUCCCUGCUGAUCUAGCACGAGCUGGACAAAAGAGAAAACGUCGACAUCGCACUAUUUUCACCGAAGAACAAUUGGAAGAGUUGGAGAAGACGUUCCAGAAGACGCAUUACCCUGAUGUAUUACUACGCGAGGAGCUGGCUAUGAAGGUGGAUCUAAAAGAAGAGAGAGUCGAGGUUUGGUUUAAGAACAGACGGGCGAAAUGGCGAAAGCAAAAAAGAGAACAGGAAGCCGCAAAACGCAAUGCAGAAACUACGAACAAGAACCGCGGAUCCCAGAAAGAGGAUACUAGUGUCUCAGAUAAAGCUGCGUCUGACAACAACAAAACAGAAAACAAGAAUGACUUAGACAUUUGUCCAGACUCUCCUUGUCUGUCGGAGCAAGACAUUGACGUCACAAGUGACGGAGAAACAGAAAAUUCCCCUGAUUUUGUGACGAGUUCAUCCGUUGGUCAGUCGCGUGAAAGGGGCAGUGUGGAAUAAUUAAGAAAAAUACUGAAAAUACGUCUUUGUGAGAGCUUCGGCUGAGUACACACUGUAUGCUAUUCAAUAGAACACCCGUAGAAGACGCAUUGUGAAAAUAGCCGGUAGCAUUAGGAACGAGGGUUUCCCACAAGGUCAGAAAAGCUUGUUUAACAAUGUAAUGCCAAAUGAUUCACAGAUGAAAGCCUUUUAUUAGUUAAGGCAAAAUAGUUCGAAUUCAGAUGAAUGGACAGUGGUCUGAAUAAGGACGCUACGGCCUUCCCGCAAUUCUAUGAGGUCAAUCAAAUUAUUUAAAAAGAAAAUCAAAAUCCCGACCUCUGCUACAAUAUAGAGCUGAAUAAAAGCGUGCCGCUUCAAGAUCAGUAGAUCUACUGUUGUGGCCUUCCAAUAAUCAGAUGAAAUCAAUUAAAAUUUGACAAAAAUAAUCAAAUAUUUUCACGUCCAGGCCUGCCUGGAAUAACAAAAUACUCGAGCGUUCUAGAAAGACACUAAAAUAGAAAGCCAAUAACUAUUUAUGUGAUAUUAGAUAUGUAUAAUGUAUAUUUCAUUCUGUUCUUUAUUGUAUGUUAAUAAUCUUUGAGUAUAUUGUAUGUGUGUUAUAUUAAACAUAUAUAGGCCUACUGUAUUCCUUAAGUACUAUAUUAGUUUCAUGUACUGUAUGCAGUUGGUUGUGUUACAUUUUUUGAUAUGUUAUAUUUUUAAAAAGCUGAAGAUUGUGUAAAUAUUAACAUUGGUUUCUCGUUGCUGCUGUAUAUACGUAUAAUAUGUACAGAGCAAAAAUAAAUACAUCAUUUAUUACUA